AUGGCAGCCCCUCACUCAUCGCUACCCCAUGUCCUCUCAGUGACGGCCUCGGCCUCGCAUAACUUCUCCAAGAACGCCGUCUCUUCCAUUACACUUAUCGCCGAUCUCGGUGUGGAAGGGGACUGUCACGCCGGCGAGACAGUUCAGCACCGCUCACGCCUCCACAUCAAGCCUCCACCGGCAAAUCUUCGCCAGGUGCACCUUAUGCCCAUAGAAGUGCUGCGAGAGAUCUGCGCAACAUUGCCGACUGAGGAGAUGAAGACGCAGCUCCUGGCGCCUGGUGCUCUAGGGCAGAAUAUCACCACGGAGGGUGCCGAUCUGUUGAGUCUCGGUGCUGGGACGGAGAUUCGUUUUGUUGGAGAUGGCGUGGCUGCGGGCGAUGAGGCGGUCAUUGUCCUCACGGGGUUGAGAAAUCCGUGUCCUCAAAUUGACAAGUUCCAGGCUGGAUUGAAGGACCGGUUCUUGGUUCGUGAUGAAGAUCGUCGCAUUGUCAGGCGGUUGGCGGGUGUCAUGGCUACGGUGAAGAAGGGAGGAGUCGUUCAGCCUGGAAUGAAGCUAGUUAUCGAGGAACCUCUACAGCAUAUCCCGUUGGAUGCGGUUUGA